GCCAGGCACAGCGGGGCGGGUUCGAGGCUCUCUCUGCUGCUGGGCUUUAUGAGCACGUUCGUGUUGGCUGUGGGGCUAAGACCAGUUCUUGGCAUGCAAAGGGUUGAGCACUGACCUCAAGUGAAAACAGGGGCACAGGGGUGAACUCGGACCUUACACUUGAGACGCAAUGGCCAGCUCCUGUCAAGGCUAGGUUCUAGGAUGGACCCUGGCUUGGGGUAGGAAUUCAGUAAACGGAAGACAGAUGUGGACUUCCUGGGCUGUGCUUCCUGUGGGACUGGGCAGUGGACUCUGACCUGGGACAGUGCUGCCCUCCACCUCCCUGUCCUGAGACCUACCGUCCCUAAUAGGGCUGCCAUGCUGUCCCCUGAGCCUCUCUUGUUUGUUAUCCUGCUCUGGACAGCCAGUUCGCAGGGCCAAAGGGCUCGAAAGCCAUCUGGGCCUAUGUCCCCCAUCAGCACUAUCCAGGCCAAGGCCAAUUUCGAUGUUCAGCAGUUUGCAGGGACAUGGCGCCUUGUGGCUGUGGGCUCUGCAUGCCGAUUUCUUCAGGAGCAGGGACACCAGGCUGAGGCCACCACAUUGCACACAGCUCCCCAGGGUGCAGCUAUGGCUGUCAGCACCUUCCGAAAACUAGAUGGCAUAUGUUGGCAGAUAAAGCAACUCUUUGGAGCCACAGGGGUCCCUGGCCGCUUCUUGCUCCAAGCCCCAGGGGCCCGUGGGCCAGUGCAUGUGGUUGUCGCCGAGACCGACUACCAGAGCUUUGCCAUCCUGUAUCUGGAGCGGGCAAGGAAGCUGUCUGUGAAACUAUAUGCCCGCUCGAUGUCUGUGAGCGAUUCUGUCCUGGAUGUGUUUGAACAGCAGGUCAGGGGAGCCAACCUGACAGAAGACCAGAUCAUUUUCUUUCCCAAGUACGGUUUCUGCGAAACUUCGGACCAGUUCCACAUCCUGAACGAAGUACAGCGAUGAGGCCAUCUGGUGGAGAAGCUGUGGACAGCGGACUGCCUCCAGAGAAUUCUGAGCGCGCUGACGCCUGUCCCCAGAAGCACCCCCUUUAUACUCUGUUGCCUUGGGGCUUUUCAAUAAACAUCAGAGUUGGC